AUGGCAAAAUCCACCAAGCAAUACCAAAAGGCUUCUAUUACGAUUUUGUGGGCUAAGAUCGUCUUAAGAAGAUAUUUUUGGAGGGUUUCUGCUUGUAAACCGAGAGCUCUCAUCAACGCACAACGACUACAAGAAAUGGCAAAUGCCGGAUCUGUGGGUUUCAAUCCAAACGAUUCACGUUAUAAGGCUUGCUGUUGCCAUACGAAAACAUUCACCAUCGUUGUGGGAAUUCUUGAGAUUUUCGCUAUUUGCUUUGUACUAGUUGCCGUUCUACCCGAUGUGAAUUCUAGACUGUGCGAUUUUUCUAUCACAUCACCCAAUCUGAGCAACCAAAGUAAUAGCAAUUAUGCUUCAGCGAUAGCGCAGCUACGCCAAAUAAUGUGUGAUUUGAGUAUCGUCUGGCUAAUUUGGGCAAUUGCACAGAUUGUUGGAAUAAACCUUGUAUUCUAUGGAAUAAAAAAUAUACAGUGGAAGUUCUUUGUGCCUCAUAUAAUCUUGAGAGUGCUUGGGACCGUCGUACUUGCCUGUCUGAUCGCCAUUUUGACGUUUUCUGCUUUAUCAGAGGAGAAUAACACGGCACAUAUUAUCGGAUUAAUAUUUGUAGCACUACUGGUGAUAUUCUGGAUAUAUUCUACGAUAACUGAAUGUUGGUGCGCCCAUUUCGUCAAACGCUCUCAAGAGACCGGAUUUUCAAUAUCAGUGGCCCGUCCUAUAGGACCGGCUACCAUAUCCCUCAGUGAAAGAGAGGCACCUGCUUCGCCACCAGCACGACAGCUGCCACCGUUACGUCACACCUAUGGAGGAAGGAGAGAUCCACAAAAAUACGCUCAAUGA